AGCCCUGGGUGACUGCAUUUCUCUAGCUCUGUGAGUUCCAACAUACCAUCAUGGGUCGACAACUGAACAUCAACUCCCGUGGUGACAAGGGCAACUUCAGUGUGCAUUCUGCAGUGGUACCAAGAAAGGGUACAGGGGGUGUGACUUCAUACCAUGCUACUGGCCAAAGAGCUGGGGCUGGCUUCAGCAGCAGAAGCCUCUACAGUCUUGGAGGGAACUGGCAUAUUCCCUCCAAUGUGGCAGACAGUGCUAUUUGGGCCGGAGGACACAGCUUUGAGCAUGGCACUGAGUAUGGAGGCAGCAAGGCCAGAGGCUUUGCUGGCAGCAUGUUUGGCAGUGUGGCCGUUGGCUGUGGGUGUCUAUCUGUGUGCCCACCUAAGGGCAUUCACCAAGUAACUGUUAACAAGAAUCUCCUGGCUCCCCUCAAUGUGGAGCUGGACCCUGAGAUACAAAGAGUACGUGCCCAAGAGCGGGAGCAGAUCAAGACUCUGAAUGACAAGUUUGCUUCCUUCAUUGACAAGGUAUGCUUCCUGGAGCAGCAGAACCAGGUGCUGCACACCAAGUGGGAGCUGCUGCAACAGCUGGACCUGAACAACUGCAGGAAGAACCUGAAGCCCUUUUAUGAGGGUCACAUCAGCAGCCUGAGAAAGCAACUGGAGACACUGUCUGGGGACAGGAUGAGACUGGAGUCAGAGCUGAGGCGCAUGAACAACGUGGUGGAGGACUACAAGAAGAAAUACGAGGUAGAGAUUAAUCGGCGCACAGAGGCUGAGAAUGAAUUUGUGGUGCUUAAGAAGGAUACAGAUGCAGCCUACACAGUCAAAGUGGAGCUUCAGGCCAAGGUAGACUCUCUGGACAAAGACAUAAAGUUCCUCAAGUACCUGUACGAUGCGGAGAUCACCCAACUCCAGACUCAUGCUAGUGAAGCCUCUGUCAUCCUGUCCAUGGACAAUAACCGGGACCUGGACCUGAACAGCAUCAUCACUGAGGUCCGCAACCACUAUGAGGACAUUGCCCGAAAGAGCAAGACUGAGGCUGAAACACUGUGCCAGAUCAAGAUUCAGGAGCUGCAACUAGCAGCUGGCCAGCAUGGAGAUGACCUGAAACAUACUAGGAACAAGAUGUCUGAACUGAAUCGGCUCAUCCAGAAGAUCCGCUGUGACAUCAUCAGUGUAAAGAGGCAGUGCUCCAACUUGGAGACAGCUAUUGCUGAUGCUGAGCAGCAAGGUGACAGUGCCCUCAAGGAUGCUCGGGCCAAACUGGGUGAGCUGGAGGGUGCCCUGUAUCAGGGCAAGGAUAAACUAGCCCAGAUGAUACGUGAGUACCAGGAGCUCAGGAGUUUGAAGAUGGCUCUGGACAUUGAGAUCUCCACCUACCGCGUGAUGCUGGAGGAAGAAGAGUUCAGGAUGUCUGGUGAGAACCCAUCCUCUGUGAGCAUCUCCAUCAUUAGCAGCAAUGGCUAUGGUUACCACCCCAGCUCUGUGAGCACUGACCUUAGGGUCAGCAGUGCAACCAUCAAUGCUGGCCACCUCCGAACUGGGCAGACUGAGACCCAAGGGGCAACAGGAGACCUCAGGAACUCUCCAGACAAGAAUGGCCCAGUCAGCACCCCAGCCAAGACGACUACCCAAUAAGGCCACCUCCCCACUCACCUCAGCACCUGGAAGUAGGGAUGUCUUAGCCACUUCCCAGUGAUGCCUGCAUUCCUAAGUCCUCCAUCCCUAAAUUUUAGAACUGGCCGUAAUACACUCAACUCAUCAUGGACUAUCUUACAUGGACAUCACAGGCUACCUUACAUUCAAGUUCCGAUUGACAGGUUCACUCUCUCUUGUGUCAAUAAAUCCUGGUAGACUUUAUAACUUCUCUUUUUCCUUACUACCGUCAGCAACAGGAGACUUUAGAAGCACAAGUCAUAAUCACCUUCUUGGCUUUGAGAAGUUGUGAUCAUGUGGAGAGAGAAAGAGAGGAGGGAAGAGAGGGGAGAAUAGGUUUGUUCUGUGGGUAGGUCGAGUCCUCAAAUAUCUGAGGUUUUACUGUUCUUGCAAACAUGGUGGGGUAAAUCUGGAGUCACUUAACCAGAAGGUGAGAUGUUAGAAAGCUUUUUUCUGUCCCACCAGAAAGGUCUUUGUAAGACGGCUCCAUUACGAAGAACAUGUACACAUUCUCAGAACCACCAGAUGCACCUUUAUUCACAAAGCAAGCAGAGAAGAAUCAGGAAUUUUCUGCUGUCUUGGGUUGGUCAUCCAUCCCUUUUUUAUGAUUAAUAGUUGCUUUCAUAAUCAAGCACCUAGUAUGCACCAAGAACCCCAUGUACAUUUCCUUUACUUCUCAUCCAAUCCUGCAAGGAAGGUGUGAUCAGCGUUCAUUGGGCAGAAAGGAGCCUGAUUCUGAGAGCUGGAGAACUUGCCCCAGUUACUCACCUUUGUGCCAGCUCAGGCCUGGCUGAAUCUGGGGACCAUGCUCUUUCCAUAGCAUGUCAUUGCUCCUUUUGUAGAGACAGUAUCAAAUUCAUGGUUCUUGAUGAAGGCAGCAUCAUGAUAUUUUGUCAGGACUGCGGGAUAUGAUUGAUCUCUGGUCUUCUCUCUGACUAUGUCUUGCAGUAGCUUCUGACUCUUAGUUCCUAUUGCCACAAGUUUAAUCCAGUGAGUAGAUUUGAUCUCAUCUGUGGAUUAUGUUACCCACCAGGAGUCAUGACUCAUGGUGUAAAUAUUCCUGGGAAUAACACCACCCAGACCCUCAUCUGCUAAAUUGAGCACUUUGAAUUUCUGUUUAAUCUUCAAUAAACUGCACUUGAGUGGUGUCA